GGCUUAUUGUACCACCCCGUCCGCCUGAAUUUUGCCGCAAAGCAAGCUGAAUCGAUAGCAUUUCAAAACGUCUAUUCAAGAGGCGGUGGAAGAGACAACGAUGUAGUCGUUUGCUGCUAGUUUUCAUUCUUAGCUGUAUGUUGAUUUAGUGUGCGUGUGUUUUCUGUUAUGUUUAGCAUUAAAUUCUGUUUCCAUCGCCGCACCCACCAUAUUCAUUUUUUAUUGUCGGCUAGCUAGCUAACGUUUGCUGGGAGCUAAUGUUGGCUUGGAGCCGGACAGCAGGUGCAACGUUAUUUGAACAACGGAGAGCAGCCAGCGACGAGAGCGCAUCGGUGUCGGCUUGAAUCUCGUAUUCAAUCAACUGCAACAAUUUUUAUUUUCGGUAUUUUUGCUAAUGCUGUGACUAGCUUACACAUUUAUGCCCGUAGCCUCGUAAUUACGCACGAUAGUCAUCAUGACAGGUGAGAAAAUACGCACCAUGCGAAAGGAUCACAACAAACCAAACAAAAAUGACGAGAUCAUGGACACGUACGAUGAGACCUCCAACGGGACUAUUCCUAACGGUACCAGCAACAUUUUCAAGUCCAACAAGGCUUUUCAGAAAUCGGUCAAAACGUCGGUACUGCAGCAGCAACAGCAGCUCAACGCGAACAACAUCAACGGUAACUCAUCAAUCGGCACCAUUGUGAAUGACAACAACAAGAACCCAAUAAUCCUGACAAGUGAGGAUUUGGAGUUUCCUGUUCAUGAGUGCGUGUUUAAGGGAGAUGUGCGUCGGCUCUCCUCUCUCAUCAGGACCCACAGCAUCUCCCAGAAGGAUGUGCAUGGAAACACACCUCUUCACCUGGCUGUGAUGUUGGGCCACAAAGAGUGCGCUCUCCUUCUACUGGCCCACAAUGCACCUGUAAAGAUCAAAAAUGCGCAGGGAUGGAGUCCUCUAGCAGAAGCCAUCAGCUACGGUGACAGGCAAAUGAUCACAGCAAUACUGCGGAAGUUAAAGCAGCAGUCGCGGGAGAGCGUGGAAGAUAAGAGGCCAAAAUUACUGAAAGCUCUCAGAGAGCUCGGUGAUUUUUAUUUGGAGCUGCAUUGGGAUUUUCAGAGCUGGGUGCCUUUGCUGUCCCGGAUGCUUCCGUCUGAUGCCUGUAAAAUCUACAAGCAGGGCAUCAACAUCAGACUUGACACCACUCUCAUAGACUUCACCGAUAUGAAAUGUCAGCGCGGCGAUCUCAGCUUCAUUUUCAACGGCGACGCGGCGCCCUCCCAGUCCUUCGUCGUUCUGGACAACGAGGCAAAAGUGUACCAAAGAAUACACCACGAGGAGUCGGAGAUGGAGACCGAAGAGGAGGUGGAUAUCCUGAUGAGCAGCGACGUCUACUCUGCAACUCUGUCCACGAAGUCCAUCACCUUCUCUCGUAGCCAGAUUGGCUGGCUCUUCAGAGAGGAUAAAACGGAGAGGGUCGGGAACUUUCUGGCCGACUUCUAUGCAGUGAACGGUCUGGUGCUGGAGUCGAGGAAACGGCGAGAGCACCUGAGCGAAGAAGACAUCUUGAGGAACAAAGCCAUCAUGGAGAGCUUGAGUAAAGGAGGCAGCAUCAGUGAGCAGAACUUUGAGCCGGUGAGGAGGCAGUCCCUCACCGCUCCAGCCCCCAACACGAUUUCUUGGGAAGAGUACAUAACUGCGGAGCACGGAAAGCCACCUCAUCUCGGCAGAGAGCUGGUGUGUAAGGAAAGCAAGAAGAACUUCAAAGCUACUGUAGCCAUGAGCCAGGAUUUCCCUCUAGGCAUCGAGUCGUUACUAAACGUGUUGGAAGUCAUCGCCCCGUUCAAGCACUUCAACAAACUCCGAGAGUUUGUUCAGAUGAAACUUCCGCCCGGGUUUCCAGUCAAACUCGACAUCCCCGUCUUCCCCACCAUCACGGCGACUGUCACCUUUCAGGAAUUCCGCUACGACGAUUUCGAAGAGUCUAUUUUCUUCAUCCCCGCCGAAUACAAAGAAGAUCCCAGCCGCUUCCCGGACCUCUGACCUGCAAACACCGCCGACACGAACGGGAAAUGACAGGCGUCGGUAGGGCGGAAGCAGAGAUGAGGAAUUCUGUAUUGUUUUAUUCUGUGUGUAUAUUAGCCGUUAAAAAGAGAAGAAGAAGAAGAAGAAGAAAAAAAAGGAGGAGGUGGGCUGGUCUCAUUGAUCAGCUGCUGUUCAUUUCGCUGAUGGAUCCAAAGCAAAUCAAUGCAAGCAGAUGUUACGGAGCGCCAUCUCACGUAUAGAUCGGCAGUCGUUCUUUGUGAAAUGAGUGAUAGCUUUCAUUGUACCCGCUGUUCACCAUCUGAGCAGUUAAACCCGCCGCCGCCGCUCUGUGCUGCUGUUCUCGACUGUGAAAGCUGUCAGACGACAAAGCCCGGACUCUCCAUCGCCACUAUUUUGAUAUCUAUUCUAUGUCGUCGUCUCCAAGGACUGAUAACUGAAUUCUUACUGCACUGGCACCGUCAUCUGUAAAUAGUUCACGUGUCAUCUGUAACUCACGACAAAAGGAAUCACAAAUAUAGCUAUAUCCUCAGACUGAGCUUAAUUAAUAUUCAUUUAUAUAUUAUGUACGAUAUAUAUAUAUAUAUAUAUAAAUAUAUAUAUAUAUAAACUCAAAGGAGUAACACUGUGUAGCAAUACAUUUCCAGUACUUAAGAAUGUUUUUAACCAGCUGGGACAAGGUUUAGCAUAAAAACACGUUGUUAACAGUUCGAUAUCCAACGCCUUUUCCCCCUGUGCAGGACGCAGUCUCCUGUGUUUUCAGGUUAGCUCAUGUUACCUCUCGGCUGUCUCCAUGUUUGUCGUGAUAGUAUGAACUCUGUGCUCGGUGUGAGUGAAUACGUGUACUAUAUCGAGGAUCGUUCUGUGUACGUUUGUGCGUGGGAGAACCCAGAUGGGAUAUCAGGUAAACUGUUCUUAGUUUAAUACUGCACUGAUAUUAAGUAUAUUUAAGGCAUGCUGUGGCUGUGUUGGCCUCCUGGAUCACAUGCAUCUUUAAGAUAUAUUCUCUGAGCGUUUCUUCUAUUACCUGCAGACUCACUGGCAUUUAGAUUAAAGGAAAAAAAAAAAACCCUGACGAUUCUAACACUAACACUUUGAAACACCUUUUAGUGCUUUUUAAAUUCUUCUCCAUGAUGGUAGUCUGCGUGUAAUUUUCAGUUUUGUUUUUGUUUUUUUUAAAUAUAUAAAUAUAUAUAUACAUUAAAUAAAUCCAAGGAGAGGAAACAAAGCUGUGAAGUUGAUAUCGCUGGAUGUCCAGAUAGGAAAUAAUCUGAUCCACUGAGUUGUCUCUGGCUUACGCUCAUAUGUACUGCAACCAUACCUACUUCACAUCCCUUUAAAUAAAGCACCAGCAUCAUGUUUCAACCGA